GGAAAAUUUUUCGCCUCUUGCUUUUCCCUGAAGGCUGCUUCAUUCCGACCAAGCAAGAGAGUGGGAGCCAUGUCCGCGCCGCAGCAGAGAUCCCGCGGGCCGAAGGGCUCUUUCCGUCCCCACGCAAGAUAUGUUCCGAAAACAGAUAUCGCCUCGUCGGCCCCCGCCAACGCCGCGGUCGCUGCCACCAGCUCUCAGUCUGCAUCCAACGAUAGGAAGCCCGCCCCGCCUCUCACCACAUCACUGAGGUCGACUGCCACGGCGAAGCCUUCAACAGAAAAUAAAGUCGAUGGAAGAAUCGUAGGAAGCAGUUUCGUGAGAUACUUGCCCCAGGACGAGGCGGUGGCUUCAGGCCUUGGGGCUGAUGCUGGCGGAUUGGAUGCUGUGGAGUCGCAGGCAGUUGUUGAUUUUCUCAACGACGAACUAUGCCGUCUCCUCAAGAUGAAACCUAGGGAUUUUUGGAAAGACGUGGCGAAGAACGAAUCGCUGCAUCAGUUUCUAGAUAGUUAUUUGCAGUUCAGGAGUAGAUGGUAUGAUUUCCCGCAUCGUGGCUCCAGGGGAAUGGUCGCAGGCGUCAUUGUUGGAGAAGCUGAUUUAUGCCGUCGAGUUUUUUUGGUCCUCUAUCGGAUAUCCUCCAAUAGAGAUCCAGAGGCUCUUGCCAUUGAUGGCCUCAGCGUAAAAGAUCAUACUGCCCUUUUACAGGAAAAGAAACUGUUGGACCUACCAAAAUUAUUGGAUAUAUGUGCCAUCUAUGGACAUGAAAAUGGGGAGCUCAUUAAGUCAUUGGUUACAAAUGCCAUAAAAGUUCAGCCGCAAUUUGUACACAACCUAGGGGGCGUGGUAUCCCAUUUUCUAAACAUAGUUCAUACAAUGUAUGAGCGCUGCAACACAUCACUAGAGGUGCUGGCUUCCUGUGGAAGCGAUGGAGGCCGCGGGUUCAUGCAACUAUCCAAUGAUUUUUUGGAGGUAAUGGAUUUCAUAAAUGAUGCCAUCAUGACGUUUGAUGCAUUUGCUGAUGCAUAUAGGCCAGCAGCCUUGCAUUUCUCUGUUUCGUUUGAAACAAGUUAUGGACAUGAAGAGCUACUCAACACCCUUGCUAGGUUGCAUGAUUCAUUGAUCCCAUCCAUGCUACGUGGAUUUUCACUUUUUUCCAAUACCAGAGAAGUUGAUGGACAAAAAGUUUCUGGUGGAGGAAUUCCUGAUAUUUUUCUUAGCCUUAAAAUGUUGUCAACAAGGAUAGUCAAGUUUGGUUGGAAGUUGCUGGACUUCUGUUAUUUGCAUGGUGAGCAUACUGAUGACAAUCUUCUUCAGAGUACUUCAAAAGUGUUUCCGGCUAGUGUUGAGGAUCCUUCUAUAAGGGGCGACAUUUUAGUUCAAACCUUGAAAGAGAUAAAUGGAGAGGCCCAAAAUCAUCUUGAGUAUCAUGACCUUGGAACUUUUACUGAAAACAUUGAAAAGAACUACAAAAUAUUCAGCCAAAUCGACAGUCUUUGUAGUCAAGGAUGGAUUUCAUUGGAUGAACAACAGCUGCAAUACUUGUCACGAAUUCUGAAUCCAUCAUCUUCUUUUAGAUCUUCUGCAAGUGCACCGGUGGUGCCAAUCACUUCUCAUGUUAACCAGGUGCAAGUGGAUGAAGAUGCAGUACUUUUAGAUUCAAAAAUCAGCCAAAUAAAAGAUUUAUUUCCAGACUAUGGGAGAGGAUUCCUUAAGGCUUGCCUUGAAAUCUAUAACCAUGACACAGAAGAGGUGAUUCAAAGGAUUUUAGAAGGAACGCUCCAUGAAGAUCUGUCAUCUCUUGAUACUUCGGUGGAGCAGAUUCCACAAUCUAAUCAGAUUUCACAAAAUGUGAAUGAUAAAGGAAAAGCAGUUGUGGUAGAUCAGUCUUCAUCGCAAAAGAAUCCAAUUUCUGCUCAGCUUGAUCUCAAAAGAGAAGUUGCAGGUGGCUCUUCAACUUUUCAGUCUUCUUUUGGUCGAUUCACCAGGAAGUCAAAGAGUGAUACGCUUGAUUCUGAAGUCUUGGACUCAAGUUCUUCAGGCGAUGCGGUACGAUCAGCCAUUCUAGCGGCGGAGUUCGAGUAUGAAGAUGAAUAUGAUGAUUCUUUUGAUGAUUUGGGUUUGAGUGUAGUGGAAUCUGGUUUUGUGGAUGCAGAAAAUUUAAGCGAUAGGAUUAAUUCAUCGUCAGGGAAAUCAACAGAAACUGAUCAAAGUUCUAGUUCAAGAUGGAAUUCACAGAAGAAGCCAUUGUUUUAUGUCAAGGAUGGAAAAAACUACAGCUACAAGGUCUCUGGUUCUGUGGGUGUAGCGAGUGCUAAAGAUGCAGCUAUAUGGAAUCAAUCGCAGAAAGAGCUCAUACAUGGCCUUGGUCGUGGAGGAAAUCUACCUCUUGGAGCUGUUAAAAAAUUGGAAGAUUCUGAUGAAGAAGAUGAACAAGUCUCCGUUCCUGCAGAAAAUUCAGGCAGAGGGAGCUCUGGUUUUCGAGGAAGAGGAGGAGGGAGGAGAGGUGGUGGUGGUGGUGGUGGUGGAAAUCAUUAUAGGAAGGACAGAGCAAUGAAAAAACAUUUUGCAGGGUUGGGUGGCUAUUGAAUGCUCUCUCUCUUUUCCUCUAUAUAUUUUUCCUAUUUCCUGCAAGCUGCAGAAAUCUUGCAUGCUAAUGGAGCGGAAAGCAGAUACUUUGGGAUGAGCUUAUUUGAGUUCUUUCUCAUCACAGUUAUACAGCAUGUAAUGAAUCUUCCUUUUUUCAGUCAUUCAGCUUCAGCAGUGGGGAUAAAGCUGCUGCCGUGGGUUAUUUUUGUUUUUAUUAAAUUUUGUUUGAGACAGCUUUCUUAGUGUUUCUUAAAGUAAUUUUUAAUUUUUAAAUUAAAAAGUUGUUUUAAGAAGCAGUAGUAGAGCUAUUCCAAACAGAACCUUAAUUUUAUCGGAAUGAUAUUCUAUGGAUUACAAAAGGAGAUUUUUUUUGCUCA